UAUAGAACAGUCGACCUACGUUCAUUGCAAGAAACAAGUUCUUUACGCUUUUUGUCAGUAAAACAUUUGCGAUACUUACGCAUUAUACGGUGCAAGUCACUAUAUUGAUCAUUUACGAAAAUUACUUGCUACGAUAAAUUAGUGCAUCCUGAUGAUGGAGUUUCGUUGGAAGUUCUAUGAGAAUAUAAAAGAAGUCAAGGUUUUAUUCGGCUUGGUGCUGUCUCUUUUGGUGCUAAAUGGAGUUGAACCUAAUUGUAACGAGGUUUUGUAUUUAGAAGAGGGACAAACGUAUCAACUAUAUAACUAUCCGAAAGAAAACAAUUGCACUUGGCAAUUUUACAGCCCCAUUAGUUUCGAAGCAACUUGUUAUAUUGAUAUAGACUGUAAUGAAAAUGGACUUCGUGUUAAUGAUGAACGUUCUACAUUUAUCUUCUGUGGUACUAAUCCAUUUGCUUUCGAAGGAUUUAAUUCAUUUAUUACUAUAACAUUUGUCUCGCCAUUUAAUCCAGGUCAAUUUAUGUGUGAAAUUGAAACUGAAAUUGAAACCUCCUGUCAGUGUGGUAAGAAAAAAGUGACUAGAAUAGUAGGCGGUGAGGAAACUGAUGUAAAUGAAUUUCCUUGUAUGGUAGGAUUUGUUAACAUACGUACAGAUCCUAAUAUAAUUUACUGUGGUGGUACUAUAAUAUCUGAACGUCAUAUACUAACAGCAGCGCAUUGCGUACACAACAUAACGAUUAAUGAGACUGUCGUAGAUAUUGGCGAACAUGAUACAAGCACAGGUCAUGAUACCAAUGCAACCGAGAUAUAUAAGCUAAACAAAUGUAUGAUUCAUCCUUACUAUGAUAUGAAAGAGACCGAUAAUGAUAUAGCUAUUUGUGAGACUGCUAAAAGCAUCAAAUAUAGCGCUGAGGUUGGUCCGGUAUGCUUACCAUUUAAGCAUAAAAACGACUCGUUCAUUGAUGAAAGCGUCACUGCGUUGGGCUGGGGUUUACUGGAAUUUCUCGGCGAGAAACCCGUUACGCUCCAAAAAGUAAAUUUAACUGCAGUAUUAUGUGAAAAAUACUCAAAUAGUAAAAUAUGUACUUUUGCUCCGGGAAAGGAUACGUGUCAGAUGGAUAGUGGCGGACCUGUUUUAUGGCAAGAUUCUAUCACACAUAAUUUAGUAUUGAUUGGUAUUAUAAGUAAAGGUAUCGGCUGUGCUUCAGGUGAACCUGGUAUAAACACACGUGUAGGUACUUAUAUCGACUGGAUAGAAUCUGUAACUCAAGGCGUACAAUAUUGCAAAAUUGAAUGAGCCUUGCAUGGUUAAAAAUAAGAACCGUUUUAAAAGAUUAUGGACCUCUGCUGACG